AUGAUAGCAAGUCAGAUCUCGACGGACGAAUUGUGGUGGUAUGUACCAAGUUUUCUUAAGGACCCCGUCGACAGUUGGCCCGAGUGUGUGGUUUCGACGCCGGAUGCUCAUCAUUUGCAGCAAGAAGCUUGUCCAGUGCACUCUAUGCACAGUACUAUUGUCGACUCAACAAUCUUUGAUCGUUUUUCGGACCUAGCCAAGCUGGUGCGGGUAGUAGCACGAUGCUAUCGAUUCUUUAACAAUGCCAAACUCCCUCGAAAUGAUCGCAUCGAUGGUUCACUGAAUCCCGAAGAAGGUGAACAUGCACUCAAGAUCCUCGUCCGACAAGCCCAACUGGAUAAUUUCCCUAUGGAAGUUCGUCAUUAUAGCCACAUCCAAGGUGCACAAGCUGCUACAGUUUUGCCAAUGUCGAAGUCACUACUCAAGGACCUAAAGUUGUUCAUGGAUCAGUUAGGAUUGCUUAGACUUUACGGAAGACUUGCGAACAUGAAGACCUGCUUCGACACUCGCUUUCCGAUACUGCUCCCAGCUGAUCACCGACUCAGUUGGCUCAUCGCCCGAUCGUACCAUAUUCGAACACUUCACGGCAGUCCCACGCUCACACUCGCAACCAUCCGUCAGCGAUUCUGGCCAGUCCGGGGUCGACAACUAGCACGCAAAGUGGUACGUCAAUGUGUUACCUGUUUCCGGUGUCAACCACGACUAGCUCAACAAAUAAUGGCACCUCUUCCAUCUGUUCGCGUGUCACCUGCUAGACCGUUCAUACACUCGGGGAUGGAUUACUGUGGACCGUUUUUCGUACGUCCGUUAAGUGGUCGGGGCGCGUCGGUAAAAGUGUACGUCGGACUAUUCGUGUGCCUCGUGGUUAAAGCUGUGCACCUUGAAGUCGUCGCAGAUUUGUCCUCCGUUGCCUGCAUAAACGCCGUCAAACGUUUCGUGGCUCGUCGCGGUCGUGUGCUCGAACUACAUUGCGACAACGCGACUGCUUUCGUCGGAGCAGACCGAGAACUUCGCACAAUGCGAGACGAGUUUCGUCGUCAAUUUCGGUCCACGGACUGGGAAAACUUCUGCUUGGAAAGUGGAAUCCAAUUUCGCUUCAUCCCGGCUCGUUCGCCACACUUUGGCGGUAUCUGGGAAGCCGGAAUAAAAUCCUUCAAGCACCACUUUCGGCGCAUCAUGGGCAACCGCUCAUUCUCCGUGGACCAGCUCCAAACCGUCGUUGUCCAGAUCGAAUCGGUGCUCAAUUCCCGUCCUCUCUCUCCGCUUACAGAUUCUCCUGACGAUUGUUCCGCUUUAACUCCUGGCCACUUCCUGAAUGGCGAACACCUCGUUGGCAUCAAUCCGAAUCGUCUGCAUUUUUCAGGAGAUGCAAAAAUUGGUCCAAGAUCUCUGGCGUUGCUGUCAAUUGCUUCAGCUACGUCAGUCAGCUUCAGCAGCGAUUGA